UACUUAGCAGACAAUUACUGGUUCAUUUGGGUAGAGAGAGAGAGAGGAAAGGAAAAGGAAAAGCGAAAGACAUGAUGGUGGGGCAGUUGACGGGAACCAAGCCCAGCCGGAGCGACGAGGUUUUGGACGGUGAGGAACAACUGAGGAUCGCCAAUCAGAUCCGAGCCCAAUUCGAUGCCUUGGAGCCCAAGCGACCUACCAAGCCCAACCGAAGCGAACCCGAUGCCGUAGCCCAACACCCCGCCGUCUCAGUCAUCGAUAUACCCGAGCUUCACAAGUUUCAAUCCCUUCAAUCAACCUCUCAUGCUAUAAUUUCAUCGCCGGGGAUGGUGGGUGCACCGGAUGAGUUUGUGGAGACGCACUACUACAAAGAAUUGAUAUCUAUUGACAAACAACAUCACACGACAGGGAGUGGGUUCAUAAAGGGUAUGGGAGAAGGAGGGGAAGGUGGAUAUGAUGAGAUUCAGUUACCUCAUAACCAUGUUAAUGCGGCUGGUCAAAGAGCCUAUAAAAGCAACCCUGCCACCAACGACUGGGUUCCUACUUCCCAUGAAUAUCAGUUGUAACAGGAAUUCGUCUCGUCCAAGCCAAAUAGGAGCGAGAGUACUUGAUAUGCUAUGCUAAUUGCUAAUUGCUAGGUGAAAAUGGAUUAAUCUUGUACCACAUUUUUUUUCUUUUUAUUAUUUUGUAUGCCUAUUUGCUGCUUACAGGAGAUUGGUGUUUGGUGUGGGGGUACAACGGUCGUUGUAUGAUUACAUUAAUACUAUAGUCUACCAGAGAAAGGAGUUUCUGAAUGCUAUAAAUCUCGUGACAUGAUAUGCUUGCCUAUUGACCACCUAACCAAAGUCACCUAUCUUCUAGGUUGUAGUCCAUUUUCACCACUUUUCAAUUAAUUUGUAUCGGGACAAGUUUGAAUAAAUAAAUAAUUAAUCAUGGCACGGGUCUUUAGAGGUUUUUAUGAAAAACAUUAAAUUAAUUUUCUUAAAUUUUAUUUUA